CACAGAGAGGGAGAGCUCUGCUGAAGUGACCGUCCCAUCCUCUGUCACUCUAUGCGCUGUAGCCACACACCGCCUCUGCGCGCCGCAUCACCACACUCUGAAAGACCCGCGCGCACCACCUGGACACUGCGAGCGCGCACUGACGAACCACACUUUUGCAGGAUAUUUCCAAAGAGACUUCAUAAACUCAGGUGAUUAUUUCAGCAUUCGGCCCUCAAGGAUGCUCGCGCUACAGUGGAAUAUGUGCUGUGUGCUGUUUUUUCUCUUGGCUUCGCUGAGGACGCACCAGGUGUCAGCGGCGCGACCCAAAGCGAACUCCAUCAAACCCGGACAGCUCGGGGAGACGGCCGCUCCCGCCACCAACCACUCCGCCUCUGCGCACGGGAGCAUCACCAAGAAACACAACAUCCUGACACAGGUGUAUCCAUGCAGCAAUGACAAGGAGUGCAGUGUGGGCAGUUACUGCCACAGCCCUCAACACGCGCCCUCGCGCUGCCUCACCUGCCGCAGGAGGAAGAAGCGCUGCCACAGAGACGCCAUGUGCUGCCCCGGAAACCGCUGCAGUAGCUACAUCUGUGUGCCAAUUUCUGAGAGUGUGCUCUCACACCACAUCUCACCAUUCGACGAACACAACAAAAUGUCCAAUAAAGAUCACAGCUGGAGGAAGAACAGCAAAGCACACAGCAAACUCAAAGGUCAUGAAGGCGACCCCUGCCUGCGCUCCUCCGACUGCUCAGACGGAUACUGCUGUGCGCGACACUUCUGGACCAAGAUCUGCAAACCAGUGCUGCGUCUGGGCGAAGUGUGCACCAAACAGAGGAAGAAAGGCUCUCACGGUCUGGAGAUCUUCCAGCGCUGUGACUGCGCCAAAGGCCUCUCCUGUAAGGUGUGGAAAGAUGCCACCUCCUCGUCCAAGUCCCGCCUCCACAUGUGCCAGAAGAUCUGAGGCUCUGCUCUGGUGCCAGGGAACUCUUUACAAAGGGACGUGUCGUGGCUGUGAAAGACAAACAGACGAACAGAGACAGCUCACAUUUGUGGGUCAAAGUGCAGAGAAAGAGGGAAGUGUUGGACUGUGUUGGCAGAGAGGGUGGGGCCUGCUCCUGUACACCCCAGCAGUAAGCCUCCAAAUAUGUUCUAUUCACUCUAUGACUUUCAGGGAAUCAUAACUUUAGGAAGUAGAAGCUGGGAACUGUAUAGGGCUUUCCUUUAGAUGGGGAAACUUACCACAUGCCAAAACAUGUAAAUACUAAUUAUGAGAUUAUCCUGUGAACAAAAAGCCAUGUUAUUUAUGUAUGUUUGUGUAAAAGAUCCAGCAGAAUCUGUUUUCUUUCAGCAAGUGCAUUCAGACAUUUACCAGUGCUAUGCAAAGCCUCCAUGUGAAGAGCAGUCAGAAAGGGUACCAUUUACUAGAAUACGUUUACUGAUUACUCCAGAACUUUUGGUAAAACAACAUUAUUACAUAAUAUUUUGAAACCAAAGAAAAGGGAAAGUUUUUGUGUUUUAGUGCACUGGCUUUAUUUAGCCUCAAAAGCGUGAAUAUGGUAGAGUGAAGGUUUGAUCUGUGCGACGGGGUUGUGUUGGUGAAAGGUGUCUACCGCGUACUCCAGCAGACCCAAAACUGUUUUCCAAAUCACAGAAACAGGACUCAAGGUUGCAGUGGAAACGCCAGUGCAGGCUUUUCCAUCGCUGCAGCCAGUUUGAGAUGUGAGACGAAUGAAUAUUUAUUUUAAUGACAACGAUUUUUCAAAAUGUUAGUUUCAAUCAACGUUUCGAGCACACGCCUGUUUAAUCUAAAAGCCCCUAAUACAAACAAAUUACAAACUUCAAUGCAAUUUCACAUCUGCACACAAGUUGUUUUAGACCAUUCAAUAUAUAUUUUGUAAUCAAUAAAAUACCAAUAAGCUUUUGUAUUGUAAAUAGAUGGGAACAAUGUAUUUAAAGUUUGUAUAUCAUGUACAUAUGAUAAAGUAUAAAUCCUACAUAUUGGAGAUAGAGUUUUAAUGAGGGCUGGCGUGGGGCAGUGGUGUAGUUGACAUGACAGUGGACCAGAAAAGCAUGAUCAAAGAUGUAGGCCCAGUGCCAUGUCAUAAAACUGGAGUGAAGAUUUAUAGCACUAUUCAAUAUUGUGUGAAUAAUAUGAUUUUGUGUAUUUACAGUG